GACUCCAACAAGUUAAUUUCUUUACUUUUUUGCUAGUUGAUGUACGUGCAACUCAUCAAACUCAGCACAGAUCGACUAUAUAAAUUUAAAUUAAUUAUUGUCGUGUUCGGCUUCAAGCAAAUGACAACAAAAAUGGCCUUUACGUUGAAGCCCAUUUUGACCAAUGUUUGGAUUUUCUUUCUUCCUUGUGCUUUCUUUGCAUGCCAAGUGAUUUCAGCUCGAAACAUUGGCGGCAUGAAGAUGACGGAGACGCCGCCGUCAGUUUCGUCCAUUCUCAUCUUCGGCGACUCGACGGCGGACCCCGGUAACAACAACUACAUCAAAACUCCGUUCAAGAGCAAUUUCUCGCCUUACGGGAGAGAUUUCGUUAACCACACGGCGACAGGAAGGUUUACUAAUGGACGGCUUGCAAAUGAUUAUAUUGCUAAUUACGUUGGUGUGAAAGAAAUGGUACCUGCGUAUCUGGAUCCCACGCUCAGCAUUGAGGAACUGAUGAGUGGAGUCAGUUUUGCAUCUGCUGGAUCCGGAUUCGAUCCGCUUACUCCCUCCAUAAGCAAUGUGAUGACCCUAUCGGAUCAAUUGAAGAAUUUGAAAGAGUAUCGAGGAAAAAUGGAGGCGGCGGUUGGGAAGGAGAAGGCGAAGGAGGUGAUAAGUAAUGCUCUUUUCCUUGUUAGCGCCGGCACGAACGACUUCGUCGUCAACUAUUUCACCAUUCCGAUUCGACGCAGGAGCUUCACCAUCCCAAGCUACACGAAUUUCGUCACAAACGGAGCGCGCCAAUUUUUGCAGGAAUUAUUGGAUCAAGGAGCUCGACGAAUUGGAGUGGUAGGGCUGCCGCCGAUGGGUUGCCUGCCCAUCGUGAUAACGCUCUUCACAGAUCACCCCAUCCUUAAACGCGACUGCAACGCCAAUUUCUCUUCCAUAGCGCGAGAUUACAACCAGAUUCUCCAGAAUGAACUCAACGCCUUGAAACGGAAAUCUGGAGCUAGAAUUGCUUAUUUGGAUGCGUAUACGCCGCUCGAGGAGAUGAUUUUAGGCCAUAAAUACGGUUUUGAUGUGGUGAAGAGCGGAUGCUGUGGGACGGGCAUGGUGGAAGCGUCGAUUAUGUGCAACCCAAAUUCUCGUGUUUGCGAUAAUGCAACCAAAUAUGUGUUUUGGGAUUCGAUUCAUCCCACGCAAGCAUCGUAUGAGCUUGUCUUUCAAUCCUUUCGCCCUGUAAUCGAUUAUCUAGUUGGAAACUGACAUUUUGAAAUGAAUUCAACAAAUAUACUAUAUAGCUAA